UCUUGCUAGCUCUGAGGCCUAGCUGGAGCUAACCUCUUGUCCUUGGGGGGUGCGCAGUGGCCGCGGGGGUGGGCAGGAAGGAGCGAACCCCAUUUGUCUGGGUUUAUCAGGGUGCUGAUAAACGGUUUUGCUCGCUUGCUUCUGGGCUUUACAUUAUUUUUUUUUUUCUUUUUUCAUUUAAAGAAGGUUCUGGUAGCUCUGAGCAGUUGAAAAGGGAGCAAGCGCUUGACUAGCAGGUGCAAAGAAAGUGCGUUAUAGACAGAUGGUUUGAAUGAACUUGGAAGCUCGUUGAUGGUUGAAAACGUGCGCUUGGUAGACCGAGUGUCCUGUAAAAAGGCAGCGCUGGGAACUUUGUAUCUGACGGCCACUCACGUCAUAUUCGUGGAAAAUGCACCUGACACAAGGAAGGAAACCUGGAUCCUUCACAGUCAGAUCUCCACCAUUGAGAAGCAGGCGACGACAGCUACGGGCUGCCCUCUGCUCAUUCGCUGCAAGAACUUUCAGAUCGUGCAGCUUGUCAUACCACAGGAGAGGGACUGCCACGACGUGUACAUCUCUCUGAUACGCCUCGCCCGGCCAGUGAAAUACGAGGAGCUAUACUGCUUUUCCUUCAACCCCAAGCUGGAUAAGGAAGAACGGGAGCAGGGCUGGUUGCUGGUCGACCUUAGUGAAGAAUACAAGCGAAUGGGCCUCCCUGAUAAUUAUUGGCAACUCAGCGACGUGAACAGAGACUACAGAGUUUGUGACUCUUACCCUACGGAACUGUAUGUCCCCAGAUCGGCCACAGCACACAUCAUCGUGGGCAGCUCCAAGUUCCGGAGCAGACGGCGAUUUCCUGCCCUGUCCUACUACUGUAAAGAAAGCCAUGCCUCCAUCUGCAGGAGCAGCCAGCCCCUGUCCGGCUUCAGUGCUCGGUGCCUGGAGGAUGAGCAGAUGCUACAGGCCAUCCGGAAAGCCAAUCCCGGAAGUGACUUCAUUUACGUCGUGGACACAAGGCCUAAACUUAAUGCAAUGGCAAAUCGUGCUGCAGGGAAAGGCUAUGAGAACGAAGACAAUUAUUCCAAUAUCAAGUUUCAGUUUAUCGGGAUAGAGAACAUCCAUGUCAUGAGGAACAGUCUUCAGAAAAUGCUGGAAGUGUGUGAACUUAAAUCUCCCUCUAUGAGUGAUUUCCUGUGGGGGCUGGAGAACUCAGGCUGGCUAAGGCACAUCAAAGCCAUCAUGGAUGCAGGGAUCUUCAUUGCAAAGGCGGUUUCAGAGGAAGGGGCAAGCGUGCUUGUCCACUGUUCUGACGGCUGGGACAGAACGGCCCAGGUAUGCUCCGUGGCAAGCCUGCUGCUGGACCCUUACUACCGGACCCUGAAAGGAUUCAUGGUAUUAAUUGAAAAGGACUGGAUUUCCUUCGGGCAUAAAUUUAAUCAUAGAUAUGGCAACUUAGAUGGUGACCCAAAAGAAAUCUCUCCAGUAAUCGACCAGUUCAUUGAGUGUGUCUGGCAGUUAAUGGAACAGUUCCCUUGCGCCUUUGAAUUCAACGAGAGGUUUUUGAUUCAUAUUCAGCACCAUGUUUACUCCUGCCAGUUUGGAAACUUCCUGUGUAAUAGCCAGAAGGAGAGACGAGAACUCAAGAUUCAAGAAAGAACCUACUCUUUGUGGUCAAACCUGUGGAAGAAUCGAGCUGACUACCUCAAUCCUCUGUUUAGAGCUGACCACAGUCAGACCCAGGGGAGCCUUCAUCUGCCUACAGCUCCAUGCAACUUCUCCUAUAAGUUUUGGAAUGGGAUGUAUAACCGUUUUGAAAAGGGGCUGCAGCCUCGACAGUCUGUUACAGAUUACCUCAUGGCUGUGAAGGAGGAGUCCCAGCAGCUGGAGGAAGAGCUGGAGUCCCUAGAAGAAAGGCUGGAAAAAAUUCAGAAAGUCCACUUAAAUGGCACCAAAGUGAAGAGUAAGCAAAGUGAACCCAGCAAACCCUCGGGGUUUUCUACCUCAGACAACAGCACAGCCAACACGCCUCAGGAUUACAGUGGGAACAUGAAGUCCUUCCCGUCCAGGAGCCCUUCCCAGGGUGAUGAAGAUUCUGCUCUGAUUCUAACUCAAGACAAUUUAAAGAGCUCAGACCCCGAUCUUUCAGUGACUAGUGAUCAAGAGUCUGGGGUGGAGGAUCUGAGCUGCCGCUCUCCCAGUGGUGGCGAGCAUGCGCCCAGCGAGGACAGUGGCAAGGACCGGGACUCUGAUGAGGCUGUCUUUCUCACUGCCUGAGUUUCCCUUUGGAGUUCCAAAGUAAAAGACACAGAAACACUUUCAAAUUAAGGGGAAAGUGCAAUUCGUAGUAAAAAUGUUGAGAAAUGGCACGUUCCAUUCAGAACCAUAAAAUUACAGCUGUGAAAAUGAAAAAAAAAAUGCUCUUUAUCAAUAGCCAGCUCUUUUAUCAAAUCAUAAUGAAGACUGAUCACCAUCUGAGGCUCUACAAAGACAGCAUCUUCACCUGUCUGCCCAGACAGUCUUCCCUGGCGUAGCAUGUCUCUGCUUAUGAAGCCUCCUCGUCUCUCAUACCCGUUAAUGGUUGGGCUUUUAUUUCACUUCCAGAUGCAGUCUGCGUUCAGAAACAUUUGAAAUUUCCUUCUGCCUUUACCAAUAUUUAAAAAUAUAAGUUCUGAGAGUACCCUUUUCUGUUAAUAAAUGUAAUCAUUUUAUUUUU